AUGCAUUGCAAAUAAUUCAUUUUGCAAUUAGAAAAUUUAUUAUAGGUUGAUAAAGAUUAGAAGUUAAAUGUAGUAACAAAUAACAUUAAGAUAAUAAUGAAUAUUCUCAAAUAAAUAAGAGACCAUGAUUUUAAUUAAAAUAACUAUUCCACUGAAAUCUAUUUGCAAACGAGACAAAGUUUAAAGGAAAAUAUAAAAGAGGAUUAGAAGAUCAUCAAAUCUUUAUAAUUUUUACUUCAGCUUACAUCUUUGGAUAACUAAUUCAUCUAAAGUGGAUCUAAUUCAUUAAAUUUAUUAAUUGAAAUGAAGAUUGAUCUUACAAAAUAAAGCUUUGAAAACAUCAAGAUCAAAAACACUUCUUUGAUUGGAGCGAACUUUCUAAGAUGCAAUUUGAGCGGAUCUUAUUUCGAAAAUGUAUGUGUAAGCAGAAUGAAACUUGAAUGGGGCAUAAUUAUUUAAUUGUAAAUGGAAAAAUAUAAAAUAAAUCAAUUGCAUCAAUUAUAUGCCAAUGGUGGUGCGGUUUGGUCAGUAUGCUUCUCUCCAAAUAGUUCUACAUUAGCCCCCAGUUUUGGAGAUGGUUCCAUUCGUGUUAUGGAAUGUUUAAACACGAAGAUAAGAUGCAAUAUUAAAAUGUAAUAACAAUCAUGUUCAAUCAGUUUGUUUCUCUCCUGAUGGUACUACAUUAGCAUCUGGUAGCGAUGAGAAGCAUAUCAAAUUAUGGAAUCUGAUGACCAGAAAAUUUAAAUUCAAAUUAUGUGGGCAUACUAGUCUUGUAAAUUCGUUUUGCUUUUCUUCUGAUAGUGCCACAUUAGCAUCUGGUAGUGAUGGUAAGUCUAUCCGUAUAUGGCAUGUUUAGACAGGAUAAUAAAUAGCCAAAUUGGAGGGUCAUGAUAGUUGUGUAAAUUCAGUAUGCUUCUCACCUGAUGGUACUUUAUUAGCAUCUUAUAGGGGUAUUCUUAAUAGUGGUUAAGAUUGUUAUAUCCGCUUAUGGGAUUUUAAGACAGGAUAUUAAAUCCUAGACUUGGAUAAAAAUUUAAAGGAUAUUCUUGCCUAAUUAAAAUUACCUCAUUAAGUCAAUUCAUUAUUCCAUAAUAGUAUUAAUUUCUAAUUUUAUUAGCUACCACACCAAUUACAAUUCUUCUUAUUUCUCAAAAACUUAUAUUUUAAGCAGAAGGAGCUCUGAUUUUUAAUGGAUAUUUUAUGAAUCAAUUAGGUAUUGAUUUAGGAUUAAUCUUAAAAUAAAAAGGCUGCUAUUUAUUGGAAGGCUAAAAUCAAUUUUUAGAAAAGCAAAUGUGA